UACUAAGCUAGUUAACCAAAAUUAAUUUUGUACAUACAUGUUGUUGCAUGCAGUUCUUUCUGCAGUAAGCGGGAUCAAAGCCCUCGGUCAAGACACUGUGAUGGGGGUUUCAAUUGCGAUACUGGUGCUGCUCUUCAGCGUGCAACGAUUCGGGACCGAUAAAGUUGGAUAUGCAUUUGCGCCGGUGUUGUGUCUGUGGUUUUCUUUCAUAUCUGGGAUCGGUAUAUACAACCUAUUCAAACACGACAUCACGGUUCUGCGUGCUUUCAAUCCCAAGUACAUAGUUGACUACUUCCGAAGAAAUGGUAAAGAUGGGUGGGUUUCACUUGGCGGGAUUAUUCUGUGCACCACUGGGACCGAAGCCAUGUUUGCUGAUUUGGGCCACUUUAAUAUUCGAGCUGUUCAGAUUAGUUUCUCGGGAGUUGUUUUUCCUGCCGUGCUGACUGCGUAUUGUGGCCAAGCAGCAUAUCUCACCAAGUACCCUGACCAUGUUGCCAAUACGUUUUAUGACUCAAUCCCUGAUCGGUUGUAUUGGCCGAUGUUUGUUGUGGCUGUGUUUGCUGCCAUCAUUGCUAGUCAAGCUUUGAUAUCUGGAGCAUUUGCGGUCAUCUCCCAAUCUCUAAGCUUAGGGUGUUUCCCAAGAGUGAAGGUGAUUCACACUUCUGCUAAGUAUGAAGGUCAAGUCUACAUCCCAGAGGUGAAUUGGAUCCUCAUGAUCUUAUGCGUUGUCGUCACUUUCGUCUUCAAUACUUCAACAGCGAUCGGCCAUGCUUAUGGGAUUGCUGUGAUGAGUGUGAUGGUGAUUACCACCUGCAUGGUGACUCUGAUAAUGCUUGUGAUAUGGAAGACGAAUAUCUGGUUGGUCGCAUUGUUCUUCUUGGUGUUCAUAGGCAUUGAAGGCCUUUAUCUUUCUGCGGCUUUGUACAAAUUCACGCAGGGUGGGUACCUGCCGCUGCUAUUGGCCUUGGUUUUGAUGAUCGUGAUGGGGAUAUGGCACUACGUGUACAAAGAACGCUACGCGUUCGAGCUUAAGAAUAAGGUUUCAGGCGAGUACGUGAGGGAUUUAGCCCAGAAUCCGGACAUGAAAAGAGUGCCAGGAAUCAUGCUUCUAUACUCCGAGCUGGUCCAAGGAAUUCCGCCGAUUUUCCCCCACUUUGUCUCCAACAUCCGGUCGCUCCACUCGGUGGUGGUCUUGGUUUCAAUAAAGAAUCUCCCCAUUAGUAAAGUGGCGGCGGAGGAACGGUUUCUGUUCCGGCAGUUUGAACCCAGGGAGUACCGCGUGUUUCGCUGCGUGGUCAGGUAUGGCUACAAUGACAAAAUGGGAGAGUCCAAGGAGUUCGAGGGGGAGCUGGUGAGUCACCUCAUGGAAUUCAUCAGGAACGAGCAUUUCGUGGCUCCCGAACAAGCUUCGCCGGCGGAUUGGGAAGAAGAAGUGCAGUUUGUGCAGCAUGCGACGGAGCAAGGCGGCGGCGUGUUCUACCUGUUGGGAGAAGCGGCGGUGGAGGCGAAACAGGAUUCGUGGUUUUUCAAGAAGUUUGUGGUUAACUACCUCUACAGUUUCCUGCGCAAGAAUUUCAGGCAGGAAGAGAAAGUUUUUGCGAUUCCUCAAAACCGGCUUUUGAGAGUCGGCAUGACUUAUGAAAUAUGA